ACUCAGAUUUCAUAAUCGAGUGAGCUAAAAGGGAGCCUAAGUGAUGAAGCAAUCAGGAAUCUGUUUCCUGAUUCGGCUACUACUAAUAUGCGAGCAAGUCUACGGAGGCUUUCAAUGCCAAAAUGAACAAAGAAUUCCUCUGCAUUUUCACCAAAUAGGAGAGCAGUUUGUUUUUAUCUCAGAAAGGAGGGAACUGGAAGCUCGGAAUGAUAUUCAAAACUUUUGUUUGCAAGCAGGUGGACACCGAUUGUUGAACCUACAGAAGACAAGUUGGUUCGACCUAGAACAACUCACCCAAUACAUGGAUGAUUUAGACGUGAGAAAAGGAGUUAUUGGACUGCAAAAUACCAACGGUAUAAGCUGCCGAGAUGAAGAAUGCAAUGGUCAAUUGUUUUGGGACAAUGGAGAGCCUUUCAUUUUGGAGACUAAAGGGAAUAUGGAAAUAAGGGCGAAAUCGUAUCAGGAGUGUUUCAAUUUGGAAAAGGGAGGACAGAUCGAGUCAGAAACGUGCGACAACAUUGAUAACGGGGCAUUCUUGUGCGAAUUUAUCUGUCCGGACUCGUGGAUACUUCAAGCUGAAAGUUGUGGAAAUGUUCCAAUUCCACCUAAAUUUUCCAAAGUCGGCAACCAUUUCUAUCAAUAUCUGCGGGAAAGGCGUUUGACUUGGUCUCGAGCAGAGAGUGAAUGCAUCUCGGAAACAGGGGGCAAUCUCCCGAUUCUAAAAACUAAAGAAGACGUGGAUUCUUUAACCGAAGUAAUCCAAUUUUUAGAGGGCGAAAAGCAAGGUCUGUUUCACUUCUGCUAAUCAUGUAACAUGUGAGCUAGGAGUUCAUCAAUUUUCUUAAGUUGGCAAUUUUGUCCACCUAUUUUGC